UGACGAAUGAGUACAUAUGAUUUUCAUCUUCACACUACCGUCAUAAAUGAAAGUAGAAAAAAUUCAGAAAAUUUACAAGUGGUGGCUGCAAUUUUCCGUAUAUUUUCUGUCGACCCCGGGAAUUUUCCGUAUAUACUCACUCCUCAGUCCUGGUUUCGAUUCUGAGAGCUUCACCUUUCAGUCUUCCUUACCAUUUUAUAGACAGCCAUCAGUGAGUGAAACACAGGGAACACAUAUUUGGAAAUGGCAAACCCGAAAUCUUUAAUUCCGUUCUUCUUGAUGUUAACGAUUCUGGCGGCCUUUCUGUUGUGCUCCACAUCGGCAUCGACGGACCCGGCGGAUUCCGACGACGAGGCCGAAGCUGAAGCUGCAGCUGCCCAAUUCGUGAAGAAGACUAUUGAUUCUCAUUCCAUCGUUAUCUUCUCCAAAUCUUAUUGCCCAUACUGUAGGAGGGCCAAAGGUGUCUUCAAAGAGUUGGAGCAAAAACCACAUGUUGUUGAGCUUGAUGAGAGAGGUAUCAUUGCAUUGAUGUUAUGUCCUCUUUUUGCUACUGGAUUUUCUUGUUGAUGUUGUUUUAGUUUCACUAUUUCCCAGUUGAAUCUGCAUUAUUUGGAUUAGAUUUAUCUUAUGAAUUAUCUUCAGGAGCUCUGCCCCUAGUCAGAUUUGCUCUUCCUUUUAGUUUAAAUAUGCUUAAAGCAUCUGCUGUAGAAAUGAUGAUGUAUUUACGUUCUUCUUGAGCACAAAUAUUUUGACCUUUCUUCCCUUUUGAAAUUCAUAACCAUUCGUUUGUUGCUUUUGGAAUUGUAAGAUACAACUUUUGUUGCAACGAUUACAAAUCGAUGCAAAGUUUAUCCUUUGCUCAUCUGAUAGUUUGGGAUUCUUUUCCUUUUAUUUUGAUUUUUGAGAACUUGAAGGCUGGAGGAAAUAUGGUUUAGGAAGCGGGACUUCUGCUGGUUUAUGUAAUGAAAGAAAUAAAUCUUUUUGUGGGUUUAUGUCUAUUUCUCAAUCUUUAUAACGCUUUCUGAGCUGAGGCACGUGGAGCCUAUGUUAUAGGCCGACAAGCCAACACAUUUAGUUUGGGAAUUGGGUUCGAGGUGAGAACCACAGCUGAUAUAAGCUCUGUUGUUUCACAUGAAUAUCUAGUUUUCACGGGGAUUGCGACCUUAUGAAAGAACAACCAGCACAUUAAUUGGAACUUUUGCCUAUGUUGGGAGAUGAGCAACUGUUUUGGACUCCCCUUGAUUUAUUUGGUUUUGUUACUCACCCCUCUAACCACACUCUCUCUUUCCUGAGCAGCUGAUGGGUGGUAUAUACAAAAUGCUGUAAGCAAAGUUGUCGGAAGGCGUACUGUUCCGCAAGUUUUUAUCAAUGGAAAGCACAUUGGAGGUUCCGAUGGUACUUGAACAAACUUAUUGACUAUUCUCUUGUUGUACAUGUUCUCCAAGAUCUCUGUCCUGACACAACCUUAUUUUUGCAGACACUGUUGAUGCAUAUGAAAGUGGAGAACUAGCUAAACUUUUUGGCAUCACUACCCACAGGGAUGAUCUCUGAGCAUAGGAUGUUGUAACUUGUAUCAUUGUUGCCACAUGGCCGAAGGAUAGGAAACUGGAUAAAAAUGUAUGAUUCAAAAGUUUUUGUACGCAUCAAGUUCUCAGACUUUGUCGCUCAUCAUAGUAAUCUAAUUUAAUUUUCCCCAUGAUUUGAUCUUUUGGAACCUGUUUUGUUCAAACAUGCCUUGUUAUACAUCAUAACCUUUCUGUUCAAUGGUGAUAACUGCAGUGAGUUUAC